CAUCGACUCGGGUCACGGGAUAGGGAAACACUGGCGUUGGUAUCUGCAAGCAAAGGGCAUAUUAAUGGAGCAAGCAAGCAAAAGUCUAGACUUGGUAUGGAUGAUCGUUAUAGAUAAGAUAUGACAGGGCAUCGUACAUAGGGCGUCGCAUGCAUUAUGAGCUAGGAAACCAUGGUUUAUUUAGCAUAUGUAUAUAGGUCGGAAUAUGAGUAUCAUAACGUAAUGGAUGAAUUAGCUUAGUAUUCGUAUUGGGUUUUGGAGAUAGUUACGAGAUGGAAAUACUAUAGUAGUUACGUAUGACCCAAAGCGUCAAUGGGUGGUAUAAACCGGAGAAUGGCAUUGGUUACUUAAGGCCGGCUACAAUCGGCCGGAGCCCCACUAUCGUCCCCCGUUAUCGCCCCCCGUUAUCGCACCGAGGCCCGUGUGAUUCGGUGAACAAAGGAAAGCCGCAAUAUGACAGCAACUUUUCGACCACUGGUCUACUUUUUUUCGGGUCUCUUAGGUAAUCAUUAGCUUGGGGCCUGUAAUAUAUCUUGUACUUUAGAAUUCUUGCUCCUGGAAAUAAUGGCAAGGUUCAGUUGCAACUACUAUCGCACCCUCUCGUCGUUGUUACUUGUUCGUUCGGAUCGACGCUUUGUACCGGCUCCUGGAAAGUACCUGUUCUCUACUAGUUCCCGGCACCGCCAGUCUCCAAAUAUCGCAAGCAAGAUGUUGGUGGAGAAGGAUCCUGCUGCUGGCCAGCAGGCCCACGAGCGGCUGACGAUCGAUGGCAUCAAGGAGCGGAGGGCAAGAGCAGGCAGGCUAUAUGCUCCCACGGCGUCCUAUUCGGAUAGUGACAUGUUCAAGUCUCCUCAAGCACACGACAAGCCCAAAGCAAAACGAUGGGAUCACCGUCUUAGCCAAGAGUCCAUUGCCCGGGAAGCCUGCGUGCUCAAACAAGCAGCCAAGCACCUCAAGAAGCCCGGGCUCAUCUCCCUCGGCGGCGGACUGCCGUCGGCGGAGAACUUCCCCAUCGACUCCCUGAGCAUGCACGUGCCUACACCGCCUCACUUUACUGAAGCAGAGACGGCCUUGUCGGGUCAGGACGUCAAGAUAGGCAAGUAUGAUGUUGCAAAUAACGAGAACGGUGGCGUGUACGAUCUGUCUAUCGCCAUGAACUACGGCCAAUCUGUCGGUUCCGCUCAGCUGUUACGUUGGGUCACCGAGCACACCGAGCUUGUCCACCGCGACCUGCCAUACUCGGACUGGCGAUGUGCCCUGACCAUCGGUAGCACGGGGGCUCUCGAGCAAGCGUUGAGGAUGUUCUGCGAUCGCGCGAGAGGCGACUCGAUACUCACGGAAGAAUACAGCUUCUCGACGGCGCUCGAGACCACGGCUCCCCUGGGAAUCAAGGUAUUCGGCGUGCGGCUAGACGGACAAGGUCUGUUACCCGAGAACAUGGACGAGAUCCUAUCGUCCUGGGACGAGAAAGCCAGAGGCGCUAGGAAACCCACCUUGCUGUACACCGUGCCCUCGGGACAAAACCCCACCGGCGCAACGCAGAGCGAACAGCGCCGCCGCGAUAUCUACGCCGUGUGCCAGAAGCACGACGUCUACAUCCUCGAGGACGAGCCGUACUACUUCCUGCAGAUGCAGCCGUACACCGGGCCCAACGCCCCCGCCGUCGCGCCCCCGGCUACCAUCGAGGAAUUCCUCGACAACUUAAUCCCCAGCCUCCUCAGCAUGGACGUGGACGGGCGCGUAAUGCGGCUUGACUCGUUUAGCAAGGUGGUUUCCCCGGGGUCGCGGGUCGGUUGGAUUACGGCCAGCGAGCAGAUCGUCGAGAGGUAUAUCCGGCAUGCCGAGUGCUGCAGCCAGGGCCCCGGCGGGCUCGCCCAGGUACUCAUGUAUAAGCUCGUGGACGAGACGUGGGGGCACGAGGGAUAUGUGAGGUGGCUGAUGCACAUGCGGCUCGAGUACACGCGGCGAAGGGACACCAUCCUGGCUGCGUGCGAGAAGCAUCUCCCUCGCGAUAUCGUGAGUUGGGUUCCGCCGGCCGCGGGCAUGUUUCUCUGGCUCAAGGUCGACCACACGCAACACCCGCAAGCCUCAACCAAAUCCAUCCUCGAGAUCGAAGAAGAAAUCUUCAACUCGUGCAUCGACAAGGGCGUCCUCGCCAUCCGCGGGUCUUGGUUCCGCGCCGAGCGCGACCAGCCCCCCAGCGGCCUGUUCUUCCGCACCACAUUCGCCGCAGCCUCCGAGGCCGCUAUGGACGCCGCCAUCGAGCGCUUCGGCGCUGCUGUGCGCGAGAGCUUUGCUACCGCUAACGGCCACUAGGUAGGAAAUUUGCAUUUGUGCUCGGGAAGAUUACCUUAGGUACUUACGUACUGGCUGUUGUUGGAGUUGUUGUUGGAGUUGGAGUUGGAGUCGUGAUACCUACUUACCUACCCCCUUAACCUAGGCGUGUGAUUAGAUACCUUACAUUACAUACACCCAUCUACAUAGCUAGCUACCCUAUCAGCCUAGGUUAGAGGCUUAUAUCCGUUGGACCCUUGGAAAGAGUUGAGCGGUAGCAUAGCAUGCAUGCAGGCCUUGCGAAAAGAACUCCUUUUUUCUUUUCUUUCUUGAGCCGCAUAGGAUUCGCAUAUGAUUCGCAUAGACAGGAGGACACGGAUGGACGGGAACAGAAGACCUCUAGCUGGCUCUAGCUAAUGCACCUUCUACCGGCGAAUCAGACACAGGGUGGCUUGCAUGACGUAUGGGCUGCUGCGGUGUGAAAGAUGCAAUAUAUCGAAUUAAUCUGUAUGGUCGGGCGCUUCGUCGAUGCCUAGCUGAUGUGUAACGAGUAAGCGCAUAUAUUGAUUCUGUCGUGUUCUGCCUAGUCGUCUGGUCGUGAAGAAGGCUGGAUAGGUAGGCUAUUAUUACUUGCGUAGAUACUACCUAGGUUAGCCAUAUUGGCCUACCAGUAUUUUACAACAGACCCUUUU